AUGCCCAUGUUCAGUUCAAUGGCUUCUCUCAAUCCAGUUGAGUUCAUACAGAAACAUUCCUGGCGUUGCACGAAAAAUACAGCUAAUUUUAACGUUAACACUGUACACUCGCCAGCAAAUUCAAAUGUGGAUAUUUCUGCCAACAUUUUUAACUCAAAUACUGCCAAUAAUUAUUCUGUUAAUAUGGAUAAUAACAAUUUAAUUCAACGUUGCUGCGGAAGGUUCUGUAAAGAUCGCAAGGGAUUAAAAAUGCACCAACGUUCGUGCAAAACACAUAAACAACUUCCAUUAACUAACGAUGAGGAAAACGCCGUCGAAACAUCAACCCCGACGACGCCACCACCUUCGCCAUCGUCGGACGUUCAACAACAACCUACGACAACAAGCCACCAGACGCUAGAAAAUGUUGAAAACACUGAAACGCCUCUUCUUGGAAUCAGACUUCCACGAAGCCUUGCUCAAUGGCUUGAGGCCAACGCGUAUUUUCAACUUCACCAAUCAACGCUACCAAAUCUCACCAAUUUGAAUGAAUUCACAAUCGGUUUCCAAACCAUGAUCUACAACUACUUUGCCUCCAACUUCGGCACCAUCAACAAUAAAAUUAAAUCGGACGGAGGCACAAAAACGUCAAUUAAGUUGUUGAAAAAAGAAUUAAAACAACUUAAAUUCUUGGGCCGCAAUAACCAUCAUUUCGACAACCAAAUAAAGUCGGUUAGCAAAACGUUGAGAUCGAAGUUAUCGUCAUCAAAAUCUUCAGACUCAACUAAACAGCACAACACAACAAGCCAACUCAAACGUCGAUUUUGGUGGUUUUGCAAAAAAGAUUUUUAUUCAACUACAAGUUUGAGCCCAUCAUACAGCGUCACCGUCUGCAAAAACUACUUUCACUCCAUCCUAAGCGAUACUCACAACAACAAGCAACAGCUGCCAAACUGGAUCCCAAAACUCUCAACACCGCCAACACCUUGCAACACAGAUCCUCCCAGCUACAACGAAAUCUCAAAAAUCAUUCGAAAAUAUAAAUCAAGAUCAUCUCCAUGCCCACUAGACCAGAUCUCAAUAAUACCAUUCAAAAAAUGCCCAAUUCUCAGAACUAUUUUCCAUCGUCUAUUAAUCCAAUGCACCAGUUCAAAAAUGUUCCUUCUCUGCGUUAUGGGGGAGCUUUGCAAACCAAGUUCUUCUUCCGAUAUAUUUGAAAAAGAAUUCACAUCUUCUUUUUCUUUUUGCAAAUGUUUGAGAGCUUUAUUCGACAUUUUAAACAGCCGAUUAACAACUACAAAGAAAAAUAAUAAAAAAUUUACACAAUUAUAA